AUGGACCACCCGCAGAGCUCGUUCUAUGAACCGACGAUGUAUGAAUAUCCUGGCGCGUACCGAGGCCCUCACCAUCAAUAUGGGCACCACAAUCCUCAAAAUAUGCAGAAUGUGCCGCAUAUUCCGCAAGCAACAUCUCAUCAUCGCAGAGACUCGAGUGUCAGCAUUGGUCUCGAGCACGCGCCAUCCCAAGUGUCGUUCGGCCAUCAACCUCAGAGUCCUCCUCUCAGGCAGCCUCAACAAGCACAGCAACAGCAACAGCAACAAGCAUCUCACCAUCACCACCAACACCAGCCAUCUAUGAGCUCGCGACCGCGGUCUACGAGUGCCGCCACCGUCGAGCUGUCGGGCGCAGGCUCGAGCUCGAUGAUGCACGACUCGCGACCGCGAGCGCAUUCGUAUGCGGACCCUCGAGCCGCGGCAGACCAGCGAAACAAGCAGCAUUCGCAGACGGCGGGCGUCGACGACGUCGGCUUUGGUUCGACAAACGCGGUGCAAGAACUGGACGAAGAACCGCUGUAUGUCAACGCAAAACAGUACCAUAGGAUCCUCAAGCGUCGGGCUGCACGUGCUCGUCUUGCAGAGAUUCAAAAGCUCUCGUCGCAACGCAAGCCUUACCUCCAUCAAUCGAGGCACAAUCAUGCAAUCAGACGUCCCAGAGGGCCCGGUGGUCGCUUCUUGACCGCAGAAGAAAUCGCUGCUCGCAAGGCCCAGAGUCAAAACGAGCAAAAUGGUGGCGACGACGACGGGGGGUUGAAUGAAUCACCCAUUUCCCCUACCCAAGAAUCCGUGUCGAGCCCACAAGACGACAUUGCAAGUCCGCUGUCCCCUACAGGCGACAAGUCGUCCAACUCGCUGGCGGCCACGGCUUCGGCAGUGUUUGGCUAUUCAACCAACUCGGCAGACGUAAAGACGGCAGGAGAGAAUGGAGGAGGCGUCAAUGGGCUCACCUUUGACGCGGAUGGCCUGAGCUCCAUCUUGGAGUCUCCUGGCGAGCUGGCCCUCGGCGGAAACUACAAUUUUGGAAGCGGGGAGCAAUAA